CCGUCCAAUAAAAGGCUCGGCUCUCAGAGAGGAGCCAAUAGAAAGACAUUAAAGCCGUGAGACCCCCGACCAAUCCUGGGCUGCAUUCUAAUGCGUCCUAUCUUUAUCAAGGUGCCACUCCAUUUCCACAUACUGCUUAUUUAUGAUUUCUGAGAGGAGAGCCUGCUGGAGGGACAUCUCUUUAGGAAAAUCUGUGUCCGGAGGACUCGUAAAGAAUCAGAUAUGGGAUUAUCGCAGAUUACAUUGUGGCUGAGAAGAGGGUGCAGGGCAAGUACAAACUGAUGCCGUACAAACUUUAGGAAACGUUAAGGACUGUUACAAUUUCUAUUGGUGCUUUCAAUUAUUUAAAUAUCAAGUGAAAGAGGUGUGAACCUAAAUCCAGACAUCGCCCGUGAGAACCAGAACUCUCUGUGGGCCCCUCAGAGGUCUUUCUCCGCCUGGAUCUUAUUGGAUGUAUUACUGAGACCUGGAGUCAGAGUUACAAUUUCCCCAUGGAUCCAAACAUCCAGGGGUCUUUUCUCUUCAACAACAGUCUGAACCAGUUCCCCUCAGACCUGAAGGCCCCGGUGUGCCAGUACUCUGUGCCGAACUCUUUCUACAAGCUUAACCCAGGCCUGAACAGCCAGCUGCCAGGGACCCCACACGGCAUCAGCGACAUCCUGAGCCGCUCCAUGGUAGGGAUGGGCACCACGGGCACCACCACCCUGCUGUCUGGAUACUCCACAAUGGGAGGGUUUGGCCCCUCUGUCACCAGCACAUCUGUGUACUACAACCGAGACUACAACACCAACCUGGGCGGCUUCUCCAAGCCCAGCACUGAGUGCCCCAUGAAGGGUCGCAGUGUGAGCUGCUGGGCUGAGAGCGGAUGUGAGUGGAGAGGAGGGAGGCAGCAGUGCACCAACAGUAGUGGUCCUCUUGCUGAGAUGUCAGGCAGGAAGAAACACACCAGACCUACAUUCAGCGGACACCAGAUAUUUGCUCUGGAGAAAACAUUUGAGCAGACAAAGUACCUGGCCGGGCCUGAGAGAGCCAGACUGGCCUAUUCUCUGGGCAUGACUGAGUCACAGGUCAAGGUUUGGUUUCAGAACCGACGUACCAAAUGGCGGAAGAAGAGCGCCUCUGAGCCGAGCUCCACGCAGGCUAGUCUUGUGGGGCAAGGUGGGGAGACCUCGGAGAACGAGGUGGAGGACGAGGAGUACAACAAGCCUCUGGACCCGGACUCUGACGACGACAAGAUCCGACUGCUGCUUCGCAAACACCGCAGGGCCUUCUCCGUCCUGCGCCUUGGGCCCCACCACGUCUGAUACACUUUAUGGUCACUGCAUGCUGUGAUGAUGAGUUCAUGGUCAUCAAAGUUUAAUCAAUGAGCUUUUAAGCAUGUUCAGCAGAGGUCAUUUGUGAACAAGAGGAGUUAAAGGUCAAACCGGCUGUGUAAAAUAUUAAGCUGAAAUACGUUUACUUUUAUAAGUUACUGUAAGAGCUCAUUUCUGGUGCGUUCAAUGUUCCACUGCUUUGGGAAGAGAAUGUGUCAUAAACAGCAUUUUGUAAAAUAACAAGAAAAUGACAUUAAAAACCGCAUGGUGCUACUGCUUAUAAAAUAAAUAAGUAUUAAGUUA